UCCCAAAUUUAAAAAUCUCCUCCCAGCCCCAAACCCCCGUACCCCAACCCAGUAACACUUUCCACGCUCCUCUUCUUUCUUCUCGGUUCUUGAACCUUAGCUCUCUCUCUCUCUCUCUCUCUCUCUUCCAGUGGGAAAUGGAGGUACCGCAGACAAUGCAGAUCAGCGGCGAAGUAGAAGGCGACGAGUUCUACGAGAAGAUCGAAGCUCCCAAGUUCGUGGACUUCACCGCACCUGAUCAGAACCGCCCCGACGACUGCUACUGGUUCUGCUUACGCGUCGGAUGUGACCAGAAGCAUGAAGAAGAAAUGGAUUCAGAAGCAAUCUACAAAAAUUUUGUUCUUCGGGUCAUGGCAGCAAGGAGUCCCAAUGUACGGCUACGGAAAGCCCUAAAUAGAAAAGCUCCAAGUGCAAAUGUGAAAUGCCCACUUACGGCUCCUCCAAAACCAUCCAAGUCUAGAAUAUCAAGACUAGCCCUGAUUUCUUCAAUUUCUCACAAACUGGUUGAUACCAAAUUGAAAGGCAGACCAACUUCUAAGCUCAGUGCAACCCCGGGUUCAAAGGCAAAACAAUCUUCUGAUGUGGCCAAGGCUCAUACUACUCCAAGGAAUCGAAAGCGCCUCUCAAAUCCGAAUACAUUUAGGAGUGUUCGGAAUCCGAAAGUAACAACCAUUGUUGUGCCUAAGAAUAGAGUGGUGGCUAAGGCUCUAGUCUUUAACUCACCAAAGAAAGCAGUAAAGACAAAGACUUCAUUAGAACUGAAUACCCCGGUGAAAACAUUAUGUGCAGCAAUGAAGAAGCUUGAGAUCACCAGUGAAAAGAAGCAUGUAUUAGGGUAUAACAAGUCAUUGCCCAUAGAUGCUUCAAGAAAACAAAUUAGAGGUCGAGAGGUUAAAAGCCGGGUUUAUGACUCCUUGCAUUCCCACAACCGCAAAGUUCAGGAAGCCAAAACUUCAAGAUGCUUGAAAAGAAAUAUUAAUAAGGACAUAAAAGCCCCUCGUGAUCACAAGCAUCGUGAAGGGGAUGAUGAUUCAAGUGACAUGGAUAUAGACGAGAAAUCAAGGGAUGGUUCUCUUGAAGGCUGCUCCCUACCAGGUACCUCUCAGAGUGGUAGGAAUGGGCAGGAAGAAUGUUUGAAAACUGUGAAAUCACAGGAAGGUGAGUAUUCUGUUGAACCGGAGUUUAUCUCCCUAUCAAGUUCUGAAGAGAGGGAUUCAGAACAAAAUGAUGGUCCCGACUCCCAAGCUCGAAGUGGAGUGGCUGAAGGGACUAGUGAAGGAAGUGAGCAGGAUGAAAAAAUAAUAUCAAGUCCAGAGAAGGGAAAAAUCCCUGAAGUCAAGGAAAGUGAUGAUAAGGAAAAUGCUCUGGCUUGUGAUGAUACUGAAAAUGACAGCGAAGCCAAUGAUAAUGAAGAGAAGGAAAAUGCUGUAGCAUUAGAUGACAACAGGUUUGGAACUUGUGCUUUCAUGAUGAAUCACAAUAAUGGCCACCAAGAAAGGAUAGUUCUGGGGGAGCAUGACACUUCCAAAAUUUCACUUAAGAUUAACCGAGUAAUGGGCAAGGCCAUAAAAGAGGGCUCCCUCACUGCUACCACUGGUGCUCAAGGGGUGAAGCACAGGAAACCAAAGCCUACCAAUCCCAAGCCUUUUAGGCUAAGAACUGAUGAAAGAGGGAUUCUUAAGGAAGCGAACUUUGAGAAAAAACUCAUAGCACCUCUGACAGAAAUUACGACAGCUCCAGGGCUCCCCGGCACAAACUCACAAAGAAAACAUCAGAAUGCAAGUCAAAAGAAGAAAAAACGCCUAGGACUGGACAGAACAACACUAGAGGAUCAAUCUAUUAGGGUUGGAAGUACUUGCUUGAAGGCUUCAAAAGGAAAAGUGGAGCAAAAAUUAUCACUCAUGACUCUGCAUAGACGUAGUGUUUCUACACACCACACAUCCAACCUUGUGACUUCACCGUCGGAACAAGACAAAGCAUGUCAAAAACAACAAAACAACUUGAAAAAGAUUCAAUCACCAAUGAUGCAACAAAAACUUGCAAGGCCUCGUGGCGUUAUGUCAAGUCGGAAGGAAGCGGUUUCCCUCGUAACCCCCGGUAAACUCGGUGUCAUUAAGGAAAACCCAUCAAAGAUUUUAACAACCAAGCAAGUGGCAAAGCCAUUCGGUAAUACUGUUUCCCCCGGAACUAAAGCUUCCAGUCGUACCACUCCCCGAUCAUCGUCACGGGGUAGAAGGCCUACGACAAUUCCAAAGGAGCCAACUUUUCAUAGCAUCCAUACACCAAAGAGCUGCACAAGGAAACUGGCCUAGGUGAUAUCACCCCCAUGAAAAUUACCUCAUUGAGUGAGUGUAUGAUAUCUUCUUGUUCAAUAGCAUCAUUGAAUUAUUAUUCACUUAUUUAAGUUUCAUUUUGGCAGCUCAUCCUUUGUUUUGUUAUUUUUAUUCUUAUUUUAUGUUUUAUUUUUGGCUUUUGGGAGUUGGUUAU